AUGACUACCGCACACAGGCCAACAUUCGACCCUGCGCGCGGCAAAGAAGCCCUCCGCGGCCCAGCCUACCACCAGCGCCUCCAGCCCGCCCACACGCAACUCAAGUUCCGCCAAGCCGGCCAGGGAGGCGACGCCGACGACGAACCCUCGCGUGAUCUCGCAGCCGAGCUGCUCGCCGCCGAAGCCGCCCACUUCUCCAAGAAGAAGGGCGCUCCUGUCCCCGGCGACGAAGACGACGACCAAGAAAAUGUGUCUGUUGCCGCGGAAAAGAGACCACUGCCGCCGGCUGGCGACGGAGAAGAGGACUAUGAGGCGAAGCGGCGGAGGAUAUUAGAAGAAACGAGAGAUAUAGACGCCGAUGAUAGCAGCGAGGAGGAGGACGAGGAUAGCGAUGACGAAAGUGAGGAUGACGAAGAUGCAGAGCUGCAGAGGGAGCUGGAGCGCGUAAGGAGAGAGAGGGAGGAGAAGAAGAAGCGAGAGGACGCAGAAAGAGCAAAAGAGGAAGAGGAAGCACGCGAGAGAAACAUUGCACUGGGGAACCCGCUUCUCAAUAAGCAAGACUACACGAUGAAGAGGCGGUGGGACGACGAUGUUGUGUUUAGGAACCAGGCGCGCGGGACGGAGGACAGGAACAAGAAGAAGGAAUUCGUCAAUGAUAUGCUGCGGUCUGAUUUCCACAGGCGCUUCAUGAGUAAAUACGUCCGAUAG